CGCAAGAGGUAACUGAAGCAUUUUCUGGUAAUUCCGGUCGAAGCUCCUGUUAUGACCAAAAAGGCACCGGAAUCUACACAUGGAUGAUGAGCUGUUGUGUCUCGCACCGUACAUGCGGAGAAAAAAAGAAAAAGAAGUUACAUCAGCUUCUUAGGGUUUGCUUUUCUUUAUUUCUUUUAUAUUUGUUCUAAAUCGUUCUCCUUACUUGUUGCUUCUUUGACGUUCAGGCAAUUUUUGUCUUUGUACCUAACAGACUCCCAGAAUGCGAUUGUUUUACGCAGCCGUCCUAGCGUGCGCCUCACUUAGGGUACUUGCAGACUUGCCAGUCGUGGAUUUGGGAUAUGAGAUACAUCGGGCCAUCGCAGUCAAUGAAACAGGGGAUUACUACAACUUUACCAACAUCCGGUAUGGCCAGGCACCAGUUGGUGACCUACGUUGGGCAGCGCCACGGCCGCCUCAGAACAGCAGCGCCAAUCGAACAAUUGUGGACGGCUCCGAGCAAGGCGGCAACUGCCCGGUGACCUUUCCCUGCUGGUUCCAAAUCCAAACUGCUUUCUCAAAGGCAUACCUAGCGGGCGAGGCAUUUGACUUCGAUUCUUCAUAUGAAGAAGUUUACGCCGACGGGGCGUGUUCAAAGCCGACGCCUGCCAGUGAACGGGACGCCUCCGAGACGGAAGACUGCCUGUUUCUGGAUGUCUUCGUGCCGCGGAGCAUAUUUUCCAAGCGCAACCUCACCGAACCGAAGGCCCCCGUGUUAGUUUACAUCUUUGGGGGUGGUUAUUCUGGUGGUUCGAAAGACGACUUUGGUUACUAUGCGGGCAGUCCAGCUGGUUUGAUCGACAGCAGCCGUGCCACGCAGCGAGACGGUAUCAUUUACGUCGCAAUCAACUACAGGCUUGGUGCUCUUGGAUUCAUGUUCGGCUCCGAUUACGCAUCCGAAGGUGGUCUUUUGAAUGCAGGAUUAUACGACCAGCGCCUGGCAUUACAAUGGGUUCAGCAAAACAUUCAUCAUUUUGGUGGAGACCCUAACCAGGUAACAGUCAUGGGAGAGUCUGCUGGCGGCGGGUCCAUCCUCAUGCAGAUGACUGCUUUUGGAGGUGUUGAAAAGGCGCCCUUCCAAAAAGCAAUCACCCAAUCUGCUGCAUGGGAGCCAUCAUCAGCAGGCCCGGAGUUGCAAAAUCAGAUUUAUGGGCAGUUCCUUGACUUGUUGAACGUCUCGACCCUGGAAGAAGCAAGACAGCUCCCCUCGCAGCGGGUCAUGGAUGCCAAUCACAUAACGCUUGCCAACUCUCGAUACGGCAGCACCUUCUUCGGACCUGUCGUCGACGGCAUUUUUCUUCCGGAUGACCCGAAGCGCCUCUUGCGUGACGGCAAAACGGACACUUCUGUCAAAUUGUUAACUACCAUUGCGGCAAACGAAGGCCUCCGCUUUGCACCUGCCAAUAUUACCAGUGAAGCCGACUUCGAGCAGUUCGUUAACCUCUUCCUCAACCCGGCGAAUGCCAGCAUCCGUAGCUACGUCAUCGAGGAACUCUACCCGCCCAUCUUCAACGGCUCUUUUCCUUACACCGACCAGCGCGAGCGUGCUGGUCUCUUCUGGGCUGAGCUGGUCAGCACAUGCAACAUACAAUACAUGCACGGCGCCACUAAAGACACGGGUUACGCCAAUCUCUUUGACGUCUGGCCGAGCCUUCACCAAGGCGAUGUGCCGUAUGUGUUUUGGAACGGCCCUCUUACAGAGUCCGCCGUCAACGGAACAGUAGCUCGUACGAUUCAAGAUUACAUCACCGCGUUUGUCAUCACUGGGGACCCGAACAACGAAGGUUCUCCUUCACUGGCCCCGUAUGAUAGGAAGACGCUUCUAGACAUGUCAGGUGUUGGAUUCUCUACUGUGAAUGACCCGACAAAUAACGAACGCUGUGCUUACUGGCACCAGGCCACGUAUCAGUCAUAGGAAGCCGUAACGCUUGUUGGCAAGCCGUAAUGUAGAUAUGUGAAGGGAAGUAGAAAAAUUCUGCUGUUUAAUUUGGAUUAGAGUAGUGAAGUAGUAGGAACUCUACUCAACUCACCUCCCAUCAUAACAAGUCUAGGCGAAUUAAAAGAAUAUAAGCAGUCCCUAUGGAAUACUUCUUACUUAGUUAUGUGUUUAAUUUCUAAAUAUAAGUAAAGAGAUCUUCAGGUACAUAUAUACCUAUAACAAUCUUUGGGGGAUCGUUUCUACUCCCUACACGCAUCGUUGUCUCGUUAGGCGGCGAAUCUCUCUUAG